UUGACAUUUCCACUAAGCGACAAACAUAAAGUUCGUAAAAGUCCAAGGACGAGUCUUGGAAAUCGUCCAUGAUCUCAUCUCUGUAAUUCUAUUAGACAAAGGGUUCUUAUUUUUUUCCAAGGUGAUGGAUUGUUGGAAUUUUCUGGGGUUCUUUCUUCUUAUUUCCCUUCAUCUCUGUUCGGGUUCGGCUGAGAUCAAUGGAUCGGUUCUUCAAAUGAAAAUAGGAACUUCUUCUGUUCCACUUGACCCCACUCGUGUUACUCAACUCUCUUGGCACCCUAGGGCGUUUCUCUAUAAAGGAUUUUUAUCAAGCGAGGAAUGUGAUCACCUUAUUACUCUGGCUAAGGAUAAAUUAGAGAAAUCAAUGGUGGCUGAUAAUGAAUCAGGCGAAAGCAUUGAAAGUGAAGUUCGAACCAGCUCUGGCAUGUUUCUUCAGAAAUCUCUGGAUGAAGUAGUUGCUGAUGUUGAAGCCAGGAUUUCUGCAUGGACCUUCCUUCCAGUAGAGAAUGGGGAAUCCAUGCAAAUACUACACUACGAGCAUGGUCAGAAGUAUGAGCCACAUUUCGAUUAUUUUCAUGACAAGGCUAACCAAGAGCUGGGUGGUCACCGUAUUGCCACAGUACUCAUGUAUUUGUCUGAUGUUGAGAGUGGUGGGGAAACCGUGUUUCCGAAUUCCAAGGGAAAAUUUACUCAGCUCAAGGACGAAAGCUGGUCAGAUUGUGCCAAAAAUGGAUAUGCAGUGAAACCCAGAAAAGGCGAUGCUUUGCUGUUCUUCAGUCUUCAUCUAGAUGCAACACCUGAUUCCGACAGUUUGCAUGGAAGUUGCCCAGUGAUAAAGGGUGAGAAAUGGUCUGCGACAAAGUGGAUCCACGUCAGGUCUUUUGAUGUAUCAAAGAGACAUUCUGAAAAUGGAGAUUGUGUUGAUGAAAACGAGAACUGCCCUAUCUGGGCUUCAACUGGGGAGUGUGAAAAGAACCCUGCUUAUAUGGUGGGUUCUGAAGACGCUUACGGAUACUGUCGGAAGAGUUGUAAGGUAUGCUCCUCGUAGAAUGUUCUUUCCUGGCUGUUCCCAAGCUUUUUAUAGAUCAGUAGUUACCAUUUUAAUAACCGUAUAUACAGACAUCUUUGAGUUAAUGCUCAAUGCACACUCAUAUCAGAGGAUUUGUAUCUUUUUACCGUGGAAUGUCAUACAUUAUACUGAAGAUGGUUAUUAGUUAUUAUUGUAUCAA